AUGUCUACUAAUACCGAAAGCUUGCCUGUUUUAUACUCCUCAUUGUAUUCAAAGGAAGAUGUUCCUGAUUCUAUUGCCGCUAUCUCUAAUCAAAAUGCGUCUUUGGAGAUGAACAUGUCAAAAAAACGAGGACCCAUUGUAGAUAAAGUGAGUGUCGAACGAUCAUCGUCCGAUGAAAACCAAUAUUUUCCAGAUUUAGAAGACGAUAUUUCAGAAGAAAAGCCCAAAAAGUAUGGUCGAAAGUUGGGUGAGAAUGAACCCCAGUCCAAGAGAAAAGCCCAGAAUCGGGCUGCACAACGUGCUUUUCGCAAAAGAAAGGAAGACCAUUUGAAGACUUUAGAAACUCAGGUGGUUAGCCUUCAGCAGCUCAACUCAACGACAAACGUAGAGAAUGACGAAUUGAAGAGGCGAGUUAAGCAAUUGGAAGAUGAACUUGUUAAUACGAGGAAGGGUUCUUUUACUUUUGAAAUGAAUAUGCAGCAUCGAGACCCUGCUGUUCUUUCUGCCCCUAACAACAUGUAUGCUCCUGCUGCAGACCAAUAUGAAAGUAGUGCAUAUGAUACUACGCCACUAACUCAAAACAACUCAAAUUCUUCUUCAAAUCAGGAUUCAACGUCAGCGAAAAGUAAUCAGUAUGGAGUUCCUGGAUUGGUAGAAUCUAAUAGUUCAAUGCGAGGCACCUUGUCUCCUGAAACUCCGGUUUCUUCCGACUCUCCUCAACAGCAGUUGCAGCCACAUGAACGUAAACGGAAUUCUGCUUCACUGUCACCAUAUCAAGAUGAUUUUUUCAUCCAUCAUAACCCUUCUAUGGAUGGAAAGCAGUUUUGCCAAAAGUUGUCUUCAGCAUGUGGUUCCAUUGCUUGUUCCAUGUUAACUAAUAAUACACCUCAUCGUGCCAGUGUUGAUAUUCUUGGCGAUGUGGGUCAAAAAGAUGGUCCUCUGGAUUUCGUUGAGACUUCAACGGAUCCAAAAUCUUUAGGUUCUAAGAAGCCAGCCUUGAAGCCAUUCUCCAAAUCUUGGUAUCCUGAUGAAACGUCGAAAUUUGAAGCAUCCAAAAAUAUGGCGGAACUGGCUGGUAAUGAUUUACCUGAUUAUGACACUAUUUUUGAGCCAAACAGCAACAUUAAUAAUGCUCAAAAUUAUGAAGGGGAUGCUGUGGCAGACUUGUUCUCUACCUGGAGAGAACCCACUGAAAACCUGGAUAAAGACUAUUUUAAUGACGAGGGCGAUACGGAUAGCAUGUUUCGGACAUAUUUUAGGGAUGUUGAUGAGGAUCAGGGUGAUGACUUUCCAAUUUUUGGCGUUGGAGAUAACACGCUUAAUUCCUUGAACUUUUUUAAUGAACAAAAAGCAUUCGCUAACCAAGGGGAUAUUAAGAAGGAUGUUUCUGUCGACUUGCGUAGCGUGCCUCCUGAAUACACUAACAUUGAUUUAUCUUAUAUUUCUCAUGCUGCUGCCUCUGAUGGAGGCAAGGUACAAGAUAAACAACCUAGUAACGGUACAGCCCAGGAUGGCGAAGUUAAUGCAGAAGAUGAAGUUGUUCCAUUUAAGGAAGAGAAUUAUAUUAAGUGUCCCGAAAUUUGGUCGAAGAUAAUGAGUCAUCCGAACUUUUCGCAAAUCGACAUUGAUGAUUUAUGUAGCAAGCUGAAACAAAAGGCAAAAUGCUCAGCUUCAGGUGUUGUGCUUGAUCAACAAGAGGUGGAUCAGACAUUAGGGAAGCUUUAA